AUGGUUAGUCCUAUAUUUAUCGAUCCUUCAAGUCCUACAUUUAAUUAUACGAUUGGCUCAAAGACGGAUGAAAGUCUUAAAGAACUAAUCGUCCAAAUAAAUUUAGGACCAACCGUCCAAAAGUCGGGACCAAAGGUCAAAAAAAUAGAGACCAAAUGUCUUAGGAACCAAAAGUCCAGAGUUCUACAGACGUUUGGUCUUUAUUUUUUGGACAUUUGGUUAUAUUUUUUAGACGAACCAACCGUCAAAAAGUCGAGGACAAAGGUCCAAAAAUAUAGGGAGCAAAGGAACCAAAAGUCCAGAGUUCUACAGACGUUUGGCCCUAAGACGUUUGGUCCCUAUAUUUUGGACAUUUGGUCCCGAUUUUUUGGACGACUUUUACAAGACACGGUGGGCAAAUUUGCGCUAAAUAUAUCAGAAAUUUCGUCUGCCAAUAACGUUUUAUGUAAGAGUCACGUGACAUUAGAGAUGCACAGAAUGUUUGGCAUGUUCGGCCAAAAUUUGACAUUCGGUUUCGGUCAUAUAAUGUUAAUAAUAAUGAUUAUAAAACACGAUUGCUUCAAAGCACCUGGAGCCUGCAUCCGAGAGUAUAUGUUUUUUCAGCACAGUAUAGAAUGCCAGACGUACGUUUCGUCUCUCACGAGACUCGUCAGUAGCCUGCCGAAUAAGGUUUAA